CCCCGGAACAACUGCUCGGCUCUGAAGAAGCGACGAGCAAAAAAUCUGUGAUCCGGAUUAAAGUUAAUUCAUUGUCGCACAAAUAAAACCUUAAUCACACAACAAAAACUGGAAUAAAUUGAAAAAUGCCGCCCGCCGAGGAAUAAAUUUUAUAAAGAACGUCGUCGUCGCCUGCUCUGUUUGUGCUGAAUAACUUCUUGCAGGUGAUUUGAUUGUAAUUGAACUUCAUCAUGGACAGCGAAGGACCGGAGAAGAACCUGCAUCCGACUCAUAUCCGCGAUGAGCCCGAGAACAUUGCGUUUGCGAUGCACGAAGACGAGGAGCUCGAGGAUAUCCAACCUCCUGAUCCGCAGGUCAUGAACAAAAUCUACCGCAAGCUCGACCUGCGAAUUAUUCCCGGUCUCUGGUGUCUCUACUUCCUCACCUCGUCGAUCCGGUCAAACGUCAGUCUGGCCCUGACCAUGAACGCGUCCGAGGGCGACACCAUCGUUGACUACCUCCAUCUCACCACCCACGACACCUCCCUCGGUCUUGCGCUGUACUAUGUCGGCUACGUCGUCUUUGAUCUUCCGUUCAAUCUCAUCAUGACCUUCGUCGCUCCCCAUGCUUGGAUCGCGCGCAAUGUCACCUGCAUCGGCAUCGUGGGCGCUUGUAUGGCCGCCAUGAAGGCCGCUUGGAGUUUUAUUCUUUUGCGUCUGAUCCUCGGUAUCAUGACUGCUGGCCUCUGGCCCGGUAUGGCGUACUACCUCACCAUGUGGUACCCACCCCACCGCUGCGCCCAGCGCAUCGGCUUCUACUUCACCGCCGCCCAACUUUCCGCCGCCGUCGUCGGCCUAGUCUCCGCCGGCUUCCAGUACAUGAACAUGGACCGCGGCCUUCCCGGCUUCGCCUGGAUGUUCCUCAUCUACGGCCUCAUCACCUUCGUCCUCGGUGUAUCUCUUCUCUGGUGGCUUCCCGACCGUCCGUCGCUUCGCCCGCGGUCGCGCACCGGCUGGGGCCGUCUUCUGCCCUCCCAGCGGCCUCCUCUCAGCCCCGAAGACGCCAAGCUUCAUUUCCGAGACAUGAAGCGGACCUACAUUGCCCAGAAAUGGACGAUGCGCGACUUCGUCAAGGUCAUGCUCGACGUCAGACUGUACCCGCUCGUGCUCAUGUACUUUGGCGUCGUCGGCACCGGAAUCGGUCUGCAGAGUUUCGCGACCGUCAUCAUCAAAUCCAUCAACCCGAACUGGUCUUCCGUCGACCUCUCGCUUCUCUCGGCUCCGAUCUGGAUCUGCGACCUCGUCGGCAUCUUACUCGUCACCUCCAUCUCUGACAAAUUCCACAACCACCGCGCAAUCUUCUUUGCCUGCCCCUGCCUCGUCAUCAUGACCGGCCUCAUCGUCACCACCUACGCGCCCCACGACUGGCCCCGCUACGUCGGUCUUCUCAUCACCGGUCUCGGACUCGGCCCCACCGUGCCCAUCUGCAUGACCUGGACCGCCGAGAUCUUCCAACCCCGCCACGGCGAAGUCGGCACCGCCGUCGCUACCGCCGUCGUCUCCGGCCUCGGAAACCUGGGCUCCAUCACAACCACCUACGCGCUCUACUCCGGAUGGCCGUCCGACAAGGCCAACGGCUACAGAAACUCAAACAUGGUCAUGUUCGCCAUGGUCGGCUUCAGCAUCGUCGCAGCGGGUAUGUGCACUUCCGUCAGGAAGUUGCUCGGCGACCCCAUGAGUCGGGAAGCGCAGUGGGCGCAGCAGCAUGCUGCCAGAGAGCGGGCGGAUGCGGAACUCGCUGCGGCAGCGGCGGCAGAGGCAUCUGCGGGUGACAAUGCGGUUGCCGACUUGACGACCGAGGAUGAGGAGGAGAUCCGGAAGUUUUGAGUAAUAGAGGGAAAAAAGUGUAUGAAUAGUUAGAGAAAUUUGCUGGAGUGGAAGGGUAUAAUUGGAUACGGUGGGAUAUAUUUAAUAACAAUAGGAUGAUUAUAAUGAUUACAUGGGAAAAGUACAUAGAAAACAAUU